GCGCGCGGUGGAGCCGCUCCGAGCGCCCCGGCCCCUCGCGCCGCAGCCCCGGAGCCCAGCGCCGCGCUCCCAGCCCGCCCGUGCCGUCCGUGCGCCCCCGCACCCAGCGCUCUCGGAGCCGCCGGCCGUCCAGGGCACCCCCAGCCCCAGCCCCAGCCCGGCCGGGAUGGCCGCAGCCCGCGGCUGAUCGAGCCCGGGGGGGCCCCAUGGGCCGGCCCGCGCCGCGUCCCCUCCGCGGCCGCCCCCUCCGGCCCGGGCCCCCCCGGGCGCCGCGGGCCCAGGCGGCCCGGAUGGCGGUCGCGGCGGCAGGGGCAGGGGCUGGGGCCGGCGCGGGCGGCAGGCGCGGCCACCACUAACGGGUAGUCGGGCACCCCGAGCAGGCCGAGUAUGCAGCGCUGGAAGGCGGCAGCCUUAGCCUCGGUGCUCUGCAGCUCCGUGCUCUCCAUCUGGAUGUGUCGGGACGGCCUGCUCCUCAGCCACCGCCUGGGACCCGCGCUGUCCCCACUGCGCCGGCCACCUCGCACCCUGGACGCCCGGAUCGCCCGUCUGGCCCAGUAUCGCGCACUGCUGCAGGGCGCCCCGGACGCGGUGGAGCUGAGCGAGCUGACGCCCUGGGUCGGAAGGCCCCCGCGUCCGCGCCGUCGGGCGGGGCCCCGGCGGCGGCGCGCGCGUGCGCGGUCGGGGACGCGGCCGUGCGGGCUGCGCGAGCUCGAGGUGCGCGUGAGCGAGCUGGGCUUGGGCUACGCGUCCGACGAGACGGUGCUGUUCCGCUACUGCGCAGGCGCCUGCGAGGCGGCGGCGCGCGUCUACGACCUGGGGCUGCGGCGGCUCCGCCAGCGGCGGCGGGUUCGGCGGGAGCGGGUGCGCGCGCAGCCCUGCUGCCGCCCGACGGCCUACGAGGACGAGGUGUCCUUCCUGGACGCGCACAGCCGCUACCACACGGUUCACGAGCUGUCGGCGCGCGAGUGUGCCUGCGUCUGACCCUACCUCACCGGCGCCGGCGCGACGGCGCCCACCGUCCCGCCGGGCAGGCCCCGCGGCCGCAGACUGCCCCUGCGCAGACGAUGCCGUCGAGGCCCCAGGACUGUCCAAUACCCGCUCCAGAUAAAGUGUGGAAAGCGGAGCGUUGCGUCGUGAUUCCGCGUGCCGGGGGUGCCCAC